AUCCAAUCAAACUACAACUAUAGAUGAGCCAAGAAGAAUAUUAAAAAUAAGAAGAAGCUCCUGAUGCAAAUGCUCCACCAACAAUUGGUUAAGUUCAGUAGCCAGUAAAGAGGAAAAAUAAAAAGAGAGCAAUUCUAAACCCAUAAUAGAGCACAGGACAUUGGAGCGAAUAAGAACAUAAAACUUACCUUAAUUUUCUAAAUGUGCAUAGAUCAGUUAUGGAAUCAUCUGAUUAAAAAAAAACCUCUAAAAUAUUUAAACUAAUGAGUGAAACCAUCGGAACAAGAAGCCCUUCAUAAUGUAGGUAUAAUUACUUUUGCAUAUUCAAAGAUCUCACCAUUAAAAAUUUAAUCCUUUCUCUCAUCAAGUAAAAAAGAGGUAAAAAGGAGCUGGUCGUAAGAAAAAAGAAAACAACAACUAAGCAGAUAAAGCAAAUAAUGGAUUCAUGGAAAAUGCUUGCUUUCCUUAAUUUAUGUUUUAACCUACUGCUUCUUAUUUCCCCUAAUAACCUUUUGUAAAUAUUAAAGAAUGAGCUUAUAGGAUUUUUAGAUGAUGUAAUUACAAUAGUUUCCAUUCAUGAUGUAAUAUUUGGAUUAAGCAAACAAAGAUGAUGAAAAAUUAGUUUAAUAAGACCCAUCAGUUUAUUUACAUUAAUUUAUUAUGAAUCCUCAACAGAUUUAUGAUGACAAAAACUAAUUUUACAAUUUUAGUUUUCCUUAACCAUAAUAAAUGUAAUUCAACUUUAAUUACUUUUAACCAUUACCAAAUGAAUUCUUUGGUACCAAUUCAGCUGAAAUAAAUUAAAAGGAUAACUAGUCAGAAGAUCAAUGA